AUGUACAGAUUAUCUGUUUAUUUGUUGGCAUGCACUGUCUUUAUGUUAGCUGUGCUCUCUGCCAAUGCCACUUUGACCGAGCGUCAAUACCAAGACUCUUUCGUCUCAUGGAUGCAAACUCACAACGUUAAAUACACCACUCAAGAGUUCAACCACCGUUACGGUGUCUUCAAGAAGAACUUGAACUUUGUCAACCAAUGGAAUGCCAAGGGUUCCUCCACCGUCCUCGGUAUGAACGUCUUUGCCGAUCUCACCAACGCCGAAUACCAACGUAUCUACUUGGGUAGCAAGAUUGAUACCUCCUCAAUGAUGAACGCCAAUGCCGCCCGUCUUUUCGAUCGUACCUACAACGUCAAGGCUUUGAGCCCAACCGUCGAUUGGAGACAAAAGGGUGCCGUCACUCACAUCAAGAACCAACAACAAUGUGGUUCAUGUUGGUCAUUCUCUACCACCGGUUCCAUCGAAGGUGCCCACGAGAUCGCCACUGGUAAUUUGGUCUCUUUGUCCGAGCAAAAUUUGAUCGAUUGUUCCACCGCCGAAGGUAACCAAGGUUGCAACGGUGGUCUCAUGACUAACGCCUUUGAAUACGUUAUCAAGAACGGUGGUAUCGACACUGAAGCCUCCUACCCAUACUCUGCUACCGGUCCAAACAAGUGCCGUUACAACCCAGCCAACUCUGGUGCCACCAUCUCCUCAUACGUCAACGUCACCGUUGGUUCUGAGACUGCUUUGAUGGCCGCUGCCAACAUUGGUCCAGUUUCUGUUGCUAUUGAUGCCUCCCACAACUCCUUCCAAUUGUACGAUUCCGGUAUCUACUACGAAUCCAAGUGCUCAACCACCCAACUCGAUCAUGGUGUCUUGGUUGUUGGUUACGGUUCUGGUCCAGCUGAUUCCUCAACUGGUACCUCUGGUUCAUGGGCUUCAUCCGGUUCAUCCGACUCUGGUUCAUCCACCGGUUCCGCCGACUCUGGUACUGGUUCAACUGGUACUGGUUCAACUGGUUCAGGUGCUGCCUCAUUGCUCACCCAAGCCAAGACUGAAAACUACUGGAUCGUUAAGAACUCCUGGGGUCCAGAGUGGGGUUUGACUGGUUACAUUUUGAUGUCAAAGGACAGAAACAACAAUUGUGGUAUCGCCUCGUCUGCCAGUUAUCCAGUUGUCUAA